AUGACCCUGCCUCUCCGCCUCGCAGGAAUGGCCACCACCGGGAACCUUUCCGAAGAGCAGGUCCACUGCUCCAUCUGUCUGGACGUCUUCACCAACCCCGUGUCCAUCCCCUGCGGUCACAACUUCUGCCAGAGUUGCAUCCUGGGAUACUGGAGAACCAGCUGUUUCUACCAGUGCCCCAUGUGUAAGAAGUCCUUCCACAAAAGGCCCGAUAUCAGCAUCAACACGGUCCUGAGGGAGAUCGCGGAGCAGUUCAAGGAGAUCAGGGUUAGGAGCGCGGAGGAGCAAGACGAGAGGGACAGGAAGUGGACGAUGGAAAGACGGAAGAAGGAGGAUGAGGAGAGGCUUCUGGAGAAAGAUCAGAAGCAGCAGCUGUUGGAGGAGCUGAAGCAGAAACAAGAGGAGGAGAAGAGAAAGAGGGAGAAACCAGGAGAGAAGAAGCCUCUACCGGAGGAGUUACCUCCGCUCAUCCCCUCCGUGUUAACACCCAAAACCUCUCCUCCUCCGUCACCCCAAGCCACAGCCCAGGAACCGCCUCCACCUCCUCCUCCUCCUCUGCCCCAAACAUCACCCCCACCUUCACCUCAAAUCCCCGCUUCUUCAUCUCCUCUACCCUCACCCCGGUCCCCUUCCUCUUCACCCCCGCCUCCUUCCUGGGAGGAGGUCCUCUGCGAUGUUUGCCUGGGGGACGGCAGGCCCAAGGCGGUCAAAUCCUGCCUGGUGUGUCUCACUUCCUACUGCGAGGAGCACCUGAAUUCGCACAGCGCCAGGUUCACCAAGCACAAGCUGAUAGAGCCCGUCGCCAACAUGGAGGACAGGAUGUGUCCGAAACACGAGAGGUUACUGGAGCUGUUCUGCAAGAGGGAUCAGACGUGUGUGUGCGUUCUGUGCACGGAGACGGACCACCGGGCGCACUACACCGUCCCAGUGGAGAGAGAGUGGAUGGAGAAAAAGGCGCAGCUGAAGAGGACAGAAAUAGACGUCCAGCAGAUGAUCCAGGACAGAGUGAAAAAGGUGGAGGAUAUCAAACACUCUGUGGAACAAAACAAAGUCAGCGCUCAGAGAGAGGUGGAGGAAAGCACGCAGGUGAUCUCAGAGCUGGUGCGCUCCAUCCAGAAGACCCAGGCCGAACUGGUUUUGGCCUUAGAGGAGAAGCAGCGGCAGACGGAGAGGUGGGCCGAAGGCCUCAUCGCCGAACUGGAGCAGGAGAUCGCUGAGCUGAAGAGGAGGAACACAGACUUGGAAAAGGUGGCUCGGAGCGACCACAUUCACUUUUUAAAGAGCUUCCCAGCCCUUAGCACUCCGCCAUCCGUCAAAGACUGGUCUGAGACCAGCGUUCCCACUGACAUAUGCGUCGGCAUGAUCAGGAGAUCAGUGUCCAAACUGGAGGCUGCUCUACAGGAAAUGAUCCGCAAACUGGUUGAAAGUGAGAUCAAGAAGAUUCACAAAUACACAGUGGACGUCACUCUGGACCCCGACUCAGCCAACCCCUGGUUGCAGCUUUCUCAGGACAGGCAUCAGGUGAGACACCUGGGCGCUUGGCAGGACCUCCCGGACCACCCUGAACGCUUCGACACGGUGGUCAUCGUCCUGGCCCGCGAGGGCUUCACCUCAGGGAGACAUUACUGGGAGGUCCAGGUCGGGGACAAGGACGACUGGCACAUGGGCGUGGCAAGGUCCUCUGUCAACAGAAAGGGCAGGAUCUCUGUGAGCACCACGCAGGGCUACUGGGCUCUGGCCAUGAAGAAAGGUCAGGGGUACCGGGCCUCCACAUCACCACCGAUACCGCUCCCCCUCGACCCCAAGCCCAAGCGAGUGGGUGUGUACGUAGACUACGAGGAGGGGCAAGUGUCCUUUUAUGAUGUGAAGGCUCGGACCCAUAUUUACACAUUCAAAGAUACAUUCACGGAGAAGAUCUUGCCCUUCUUCUACCUGUACUGCUGCGACAAGGCCUCUGACACCAUCGCCAUUUGUCCCGUAAAUGAGAAAAGCCUGAUCAAACAGAGCUAA